CGACAUUGGGAAUUCCUCUGUCGCCAUUCAAUUGGGGAUAUGGCACAGCGUAAUCUAAAGGGGAUAUUGGGUAUCCUUCGACAGAAGCACGAUGAGUGGAAAUAUGGUACAGAUCGUAGUGAAGCGACGGAGUAUCUUAUGGAGGCAGCAGAUAUUGGUUCUUUCCAGCCCAUCCAAUCACUAAUCAAUCGAGCUCGACGAAGAACAAGCAAAAGGUCCAAGUCAAGAGGCCGUCUGGAUUGUAAAAGUCGGUUUUACUAUAUCCUAACAGAAAUACUGCAUAUGAUACUUGAUAACCUCCCCAUAGCGGAUGUCGUUGCAGUGCAAAGGGCCUUGACCUCAUAUUUUGGUGAUUCUUAUUGGCGUUCUAGAACCUCGAUAGGCAUUUAUCAUGAAGUCAGAAAUGUCAUUAACGAGACACUGGACUGGGAAUUUUUAUGCCUGGAGCUGGAGAAUCUCUCCAAGACAUGGGAUGGGGAAGAGGGGCUGGUCUGUCGUCGAUAUCUUUUGAAACGCUUAGAUGAGAUCCAGGCUGCUCCUACACUCUUAUAACAGAUUAGUAGAUCGAACUGUUGUACUUAUUUCAUUUGUUUGAUCCUCGUUUGAUCUGAUUAUACAGAUGUCUGUCUAGAUUGGACGUAGCUUUAGCCCCACGUAAAGUCAUUGUAUGAUCAACGCCAACCAAUAGCGUUUCAUUAAGAAGCAUUGCGAACUCGCAGCAGCAGCAACGGGAGUUCAGCUAUUCCACAAAGAUUCUGUAAUAUAGAUCUGAAGUGAAAAAAAAG